CCUCAGCCUCACCGUACCGGAGCAGCUCUCUCUCUCUCUCUCUCUCUCUCCUCACUUUCCCUCUCCUCCCGAAAAGGCAAAGCGGAAAGGAGGCAGCAAGAGAGAGAAAGAGGCAGCACGAUACGAGUAACAACCAGGAGAGAGAAACGAGGAAAGAGAGAGGCAGAGGCAGAGGCACGCCGGCUUCCCCUGCUCUCCCCCUGCGCCGGUCGGCUGCAGCAGCUGCUGUCCCCUCCCCCUCCCCCUCCCCGAUCCCCAUGCUCUCCCUCUCCUAGCCCGCCGCAACGACCAACCACCCUCCCCGCGGUUGGCUGUCCCCCUCGCCUCCGAUCCAUCUCCGGGGAUCGAUCCGCACUUCCGCACCGCACCGGGCCUAUAUAUAACCCCUCCCACCAUCCCUGCGCGCCUCCCGUCCCCGAACCUUCCAGAACCUCACCGAGCUCUCUCCCCCUCCGGCAGCAGCUUCUUCCUUCCCUUCGGGAUGGCCGUAGUCGAGACCUCCGCCGACCACGUCGCCCCCGCCGCCUCCGACCACGGCGCCGCGCCGUACCACGCCUCCUCGGAGGGGGGCGACGCGGGGGAGCGCGAGAUGCGGGAUCUGGAGGAGCUCCUCUCCAAGCUCAACCCCAUGGCGGAGGAGUUCGUCCCGCCUUCGCUCGCCGCGCACCCCAUGCCGCCGCCCCCCUACGCCGGCUACUACCCCAACGGCCCACCCGCCGCCGGCUUCGCGCCGGUCGCCUCGCCGGGCCACCGCGGGGUCGUCGGCUUCCCCGCCGCCGACGGCCGCGGCAGGAAGAAGUUCGGAGGUUACGGCGGCGGCUACCCCCACGGCGGCAAGCGGCGGGUCAACAGCCGCACCAGCCAGGCGCAGCGCGACGAGGUGAUCCGCCGGACGGUCUACGUCUCCGACAUCGAUCAUCAGGUCACCGAAGAGCAACUGGCAGCACUAUUUAUCAACGUAGGGCAGGUUGUGGACUGCCGCAUGUGUGGAGAUCCAAAUUCAGUUCUUCGUUUUGCUUUCAUAGAGUUUACUGAUGAGGAGGGUGCAAGGGCUGCUCUAAAUCUGUCAGGAACUGUGCUUGGAUAUUAUCCUGUGAGGGUUCUGCCAUCAAAAACUGCAAUUGCACCAGUCAAUCCUACGUUCCUGCCCAGGUCUGAUGAUGAGCGUGAGAUGUGUGCAAGGACCAUCUACUGCACAAACAUCGACAAGAAGGUCUCUCAGGCAGAUGUGAAACUGUUCUUCGAGUCAAUAUGUGGAGAGGUCUAUCGGCUGAGGUUGCUUGGGGACUACCAGCAUAAUACUCGCAUUGCCUUUGUGGAGUUUGUUAUGGCUGAAAGUGCUACAGCUGCUCUCAACUGCAGUGGUGUUAUACUGGGUUCCCUGCCAAUAAGGGUGAGUCCAUCUAAGACUCCCGUUCGUCCCCGUGCUCCUCGGCCAAUGAUGAACUAGAGUUGUAGGUACAGGAGGUGCCAAUGGCACUGCUUAUAUAUAGAGAGAUCGACAUAUGUGAAAGAGAAAUUAAGAUAUGUCUUUUCUUCUAAGUUAUCCGCUCGAGUGUCUUUUUAUUGUAUCGCCGGUAAGUAUCAAGACUCGAGCGGAGGAGGGGAAAGGAAAAAAUUAGAAAUGGUUGGUCGGUUUACCUUUUGCACAUAGAGCUUCUUAGAAGCGGGCCUGUUGCUCUUGUCCUUGAUGCAGCAAGGCGAAACUCGUGGACUUUUGUCUUUGUUCAGUUGUUGGUGUCUUGUUUGCUACUACCUGGAAGUUGCAGCAAGUCGUUUACCUGAAAAAUGAUGAGCACUUGCCAUUAUGCUGUGCCAA